GGCGGGACUCUUUUGAUAAAAACGAAAUGGAAUUCUAUGAAGCUUUGUACACUCAGAGUGUCACACAAUUUGAUGCAUAUGUAGAUGCUGGAACACUGAUGAAUAACUACGCUCAUAUCUUCGAUCUUCUCACAAGGUUGAGGCAGGCUGUUGAUCAUCCCUAUCUUGUAGCAUAUUCUAAAACAGCAGGACAUCCUGAAGGAAUGAAGAAUGAAGGAAACGAGUCCAUGGAGAGCCAAUGUGGUAUAUGUCAUAAUUUGGCUGAAGAUGUUGUUUGCAAAACUGUAGUGAUUUUGAUCAUCCCUAUCUUGUAG